AGUUCCUAUUUAAGGUUUGAGCCCACGGUCUCACCCGACUUUGGAGGUGGAAAGAGGCCUAGAGUGAGUGACAGAGGGCGAGACAGGCUGACUUACACGGGAUGGCCACGAGAUCGCGGUAUGCGGGGAAGGUGGUCAUUGUGACCGGGGGCGGGCGCGGCAUCGGAGCCGGGAUCGUGAGAGCCUUCGUGGAAAGCGGGGCCCAAGUGGUUAUCUGUGACAAAGAUGAGUUAGGGGGCCAGGCUCUGGAGCAGGAGCUUCCUGGAACUGUGUUUCUUCUCUGUGAUGUGACUCAGGAGGAAGAUGUGAGGACUCUCAUUUCUGAAACUGUCCGCCGUUUUGGCAGCCUGGAUUGUGUGGUCAACAAUGCUGGCUACCAUCCUCCUCCGCAGUGGCCCGAGGAGACCUCUACCCAGGGCUUCCGGCAGCUACUGGAGCUGAACCUGCUGGGGACAUACACCUUGACCAAGCUCGCCCUCCCCCACCUGCGGAAGAGCCACGGGAAUGUCAUCAACAUCUCCAGCCUGGUCGGGGGGAUUGGCCAGUCCCAGGCAGUUCCUUAUGUGGCCACUAAGGGGGCGGUAACAGCCAUGACCAAAGCCUUGGCCCUGGAUGAGAGUCAAUAUGGCGUCCGCGUCAACUGCAUCUCCCCAGGAAACAUCUGGACCCCACUGUGGGAGGAGCUGGCAGCCUCAACACCUGACCCCAAGGCCACAGUCCGAGAGGGCACAAUGGCUCAACCCCUGGGCCGCAUGGGCCAGCCAGCUGAGGUGGGGGCUGCAGCGGUGUUCCUGGCCUCCGAAGCAAGCUUCUGCACAGGCAUCGAGUUGCUAGUGACCGGGGGUGCAGAGCUGGGGUAUGGGUGCAAGGCCAGGUGGAGUGUCCCCCUGGAGGCCCCUGUCACCCCUUUCUGAUUUUCCACAUUUCCACCUGGGCUUCCCUGACUAGGACUCUCCCACCUCAAACUCAGUCUCCCAAAUUCCAGCUUCUGCCCUCUGCCUUUCAGGUGUAGCUCCCCACUCUAGACAUUAAGCCCACUAACCAAUGUGCCAAACCGCCUCACAGGGUCCCAAAAAAGCAAUUUACAACUAGAAGGAGAAGGGCAUCAUUACAUUUAUUUUCCGUCCUUUAUGAGCCCUGUCACACCAGGAACCCUUCCCACCCACCCGUGCCCCACGCAUGGCCUCGACCCGAGGCACUACAACUCCCAGCAGGCCCUGCAGCAGGAGCCUCUCCCCAGGGGCUCCUGGGAAAAGAGUUGCAGGUUGGCUUCUCCAGUGCCCUAGUUAAAAGGUCCGCAGGGGAGAGCAAAUUAAGCUCUAAUUAGGAGAUAAUGAGGAGGUGAAGCAAAAGGGCCUCUUUUUAUUCUUGGCCUUUAGGGGAAAAGAGUUUUGACCUCACUGCCUGCGGAGUAGGAGGGUGGCCUGCGCCAAAAUUCUGAGGGAAGAGGAAACUGGGGAUUGAGACUCCUGAGACAGAGGGAAGAGCUGGGGUCCGGAAUCCUGGGGGAGGAGGACUGGGGUGGAGAGUUGGAAAGUGGGAGCUGUGGACUCCCUGACUGGGGAGGCUAACCCAGAAUUCCCCCUCGUGGGGCGCUGGGCCCAGUCCCGGGUGUGUUCCUCAGGUGAUGCUGCGGAUUGGCCGCGGCUGGGGGUGUGAGGCAAUCGCUGAUUGGCCAAGGAAGUUUUGCGGGUGCCGCACCCCUGCAAGCCUCAGUGAAGUGGUAGGGGAGGAGGGAAGAAAAACGGAGACAUCCUGCGGGUGGAAUUUUGGAAUUUAACUACCUGGGGGCCUGGGAUUGUUCGGCUGGAGGACAGAAUCUGGGGACAAAAUGUCCCAGGGUAGAAUUAGAGGCACAGUGGCUUAAGGACUGGAGUUUGAAGAUACAGCAGGAACAAUAGUUUGGUGUCACACUAACCUGGAUGCAGGAGUUGCGGGAACUCUGACCACGGAAGGUUUGGGCGGCACAGUGACUGAGGAACAAUUGGCUAACUCUGCCUCUGGGGGUCCAGAAGUUAGGGAGACACUCAAGAAGGGGCAUAACCAGGAAAUCCUGUUCUAGGAGCUGUUCUUAGAGGCUUUUUGAUGAAUUGGGGGAUUGAAAAGUUUCGGGCCCCAAUAAUGAAAGGGACUGGAAGGAGACAUGGUGAACCGUGUGUUUUUAUUUUUUAAAAAGUUACAAAGACAACACAGAUAUUCUCAUUGGAAAGAAAAACUAUUCAAACAGGGUUUGACGGCAACCCCUUCAUCCCUACCUGCUAUCCUAUUCAGAGGCCUUUUCUCAAAGUCCUGUCCCUUUUCAUUUACAUGCUAUGCACCCACCGACAUGUAUAGUGUGCUUUUUCCUUUUCAUCAAGGAAUCGAGAUCUGCAGAGGUUGCUGUUCCUUGCCUUUCAAUCUCUCUUACCCCGGGCUGCUUUUCCUCACUACAGCUUCGUAGCAGAACCUAUUAAAAUGCAUUUUUGAAAAACAAA